AGCCAUUAUACUUGUUCAGAAGGGCUGUAACUGUCCAACAGCAGGGGAGGGAAGGAAAGAAGGGAGUGACAGAAGCCGGGGGAAGAGGGGGGCUCAUUCAGCCUACUAGAGCAAGGAGGAGUGAAGCGGUUAGUGCAUGGAGUAGGGAACUUGCUGCCUGUGGGAAAGUAAACAGCACAGGGUAUUUGCCGCCCUCUCAGAGGCCUCAGUCCGGCAGCAGCGGAUUAACGGAGGAUGAGGAUGUGUUCAAGGAGGCAGCUGAUUUCAUAGCAGGAAGUGCAGGGGAGGUUGUUGGGAUUAAAGUCCCUCUUGGGAGGUGCUGAAGCUUUCCUGUGGAAGUACUACUGAGGACAAAUAGAGCCUAUGUCCACAGCUAACCAGUACCUGGAAAAGGAUGAGGAAGAAGAGCAGAAAGAAAAAAAUAAUUUUGAAGAGGAGAUCAGCAAACAGAAAUGCAAAACUACCUCUGGAGAUGAAACGGCAAAAUGCAAUGCGUCAACUACCAACAAAAGAGACCAAGCUUCCACAGUCUCUGCUGCACCAGAGGACUUAAAGGAAAAGGAAGACCAGACUUGCACUGAGGUGAAGACCGAGAGGGAAAUAUACACUGUUAAAACUGACACAGGAACAGAGGAUAUCAGACCAAGCCCAGCACAAAAUACUGAAGGUGAGACCUCUGCUGAUUCAGAACACCAGACGGCUGGUCCGGAGGUGAUCUAUGAUGAUGUACCCUGUGAAGAAGAUCUGUCUUCAGGAGAAGCUGACUUGAUCUAUGAAGACAUACAGAAAGAGGAGGGCUUGCAAGGGCCCAAUAAUGGCUGGAGCUCAAGUGAGUUUGAAAGCUAUGAUGAGCAGUCUGACUCUGACAGGGCACCAACCCGCAGCAAGCUCUCCCCUGAUGUUCGACGACUGAGAGAAUGUUACACCAGGACCAAACAGGAGCUAGCCAUGAGACUGGGGGGCAGACAUCAGGUCCAUCAGCUGAUGCGUGCGGCACGUAGCGGAACGAAAGAUGGCCUAGAGAAGACCAAAAUCGCUGUGAUGAGGAGAGUGUCAUUCCUACAUAAAAAGGACCAUUCAGAUGACACUGAGGAUGAUACAGGGUAUCUGGAUGUGAUGGUAUCAGAGGCAAAACACCCACCUGCACAACUGGGACCAAUGCCAGAUGGGCUUAGCAGCCUGCAGAUCGUCCGACGCCAUGUUUUGGGCUCCAUUGUGCAGAGUGAGAGGAGUUACCUGGACUCUCUUAAACGGAUCCUACAGGAAUACCAGCGACCUCUGAUGGAGGCCGAGCCACGGAUCCUCAGUGUCAGGAAAAUCCGGCCCAUUUUUGUCCGUCUGCGGGAGAUCAUGCAGUGCCACUCCAUGUUCCAGAUUGCCCUGGCAUCUCGGGUGGCCGAAUGGGACUCUUGUGAAAAGAUUGGGGACCUGUUUGUAGCUUCAUUCUCGAAAUCCAUGGUGCUGGACGUAUAUAGUGAUUACAUCAAUAAUUUCACCAAUGCCAUGGCCCUCAUUAAGAAAGCCUGCAUGUCUAAACCAGCAUUUCUGGAGUUUCUCAAGAAGAAGCAGGCGUCCAGCAUUGACCGCAUAACUCUCUAUGGUCUGAUGGUAAAGCCAAUUCAGCGUUUUCCUCAGUUCAUCCUCCUCCUGCAGGAUAUGCUGAAGAACACUCCCACUGGCCAUGUGGACAGGCUGCCCUUGCAAUUGGCUCUGACUGAAUUGGAGACCCUUGCUGAGAAACUCAAUGAGCAGAAAAGGGUGGCUGAUCAGAUCACUGAGACGCAGCAGCUGGCUCGCUGUGUCAGUGACCGCUCUCUCAGCAAGCUGCUGAACUCCGAGCAGAGUUCUUUGAUCCUUUGCGAGACGCUGAUUGAGAUGGUGUACGGCGAAAGAGGACAGGUCCUCAAGUCUAAGGAGCGAAAAGUCUUUCUAUUCGGUGACAUGCUCAUCUGUGCCAACAUCAACAUCAAGGGCCCCCCUGACAUCAGCAGUCUGGUUCCAGUAGGUCCCAAGUACACCCUGAAGUGGAGCGCCCCCUUGCAGCAGGUCCAAGUAGUUGAAGUGGGUCAAGAGGGCUCCCAGACCAAGGACACUCUCUAUCAGCUCAGAGGCAUCAAGCGCUCAGGCGGCUCUUCGGGAUCGGGAAGUAUCUUUCUGGGUCCGCCCCGUCUGUAUCAGGAACUGCAGGGGUUGCAGCAUGACCUCUCAGUGGUAGAGCAGGUCACUCUGCUUGUGGGGACUUUACAGGGAACGUACCAGAAUCUGAACACCACUGUUGCACAGGACUGGUGUUUGGCACUGCAAAGGCUGAUCCGCAUCAAGGAGGACCAAAUUCAGAGCGCCAACAAGUGCCGUUUACGAUUGCAAGUCCCUGGCAGACCAGACAAGUAA